CUUAAACAAAAACGAAUAGAUUUUAAAGACGGAGAAAAUAAAAAUGCAGGACAAACGGAAAAAAGUGGAGGCGGCCCGUAGCCACUUUGAACCUUUAUUUAGGCAGAAAACAGGAUUUGCCUCUCUUCUAUUCGCUGUAUGUUGCUUAUACGGUGUAGGACUUUCUUCUUUUCAAUGGUUCUUUUUUUCCUGCCAUAGUUUCAUCCCGCGGGAAUCGAUGAGAAUGCCAGAAUAUAACAACAAAACGGUGGAGAAAAAAAAGGGGAAAGAAGUUGAGGACGAGAAAGACGUCAACUGUCGGCUUUGUAUAUUUUAAAUCCUCUCAGCCAUCGGCCGCAUUCCCGCACGGAUGCUUUACACUAGUCCUAUCCCCUAUUUGUUUUUUGUUUUUAUUUCUCUUCGUUUUAACCCUUGAAAAUGCCUUUUUUUUAAUUUUUAUUUAUUUCAACAUCGCGCGCCUUGACUUCUUUUGGGUUUGACCAACAUUUUUCGUUUGAAAAGGAAAAAAAAAUCUGGUUUUCCCGCGCUCUUCGGUUGAGCAUCGAUCGGCCCAAAAAAGGAAAGAAGCUGAAUGAGGAGAUUUAAAACGCUGAUUGUUGGACCGUGACGGACGAACGGAUGGUCGAAAGCUCGGGGUAUUUUUUUUGUUUGUUAUUGGAAUUUAUAGGCACACACAAAGACGCACGGUUCUUUUUUUUUCUUCUCCGUUCUUUUCCCUUUAGGUUGCAUCAUUCUUUAUAAUUUUUUGAAAAUCCUUUUCUGGUUCAAACCGACGAAAAAGACUACGACUUUUUUUGAAAUCGUGAAUGUAUAUGCAAGAAGACGGAAGCGGUUGACUAGAAAACGCAGACAUUGUGCGCAAUGAAAUGUUUUCGCUCGCGCGGCGGGAGAACGAGGUGUCAAGAAAAUGUAGCGGUGCGGCAUUGGCGGCGGCGGCAUUGGGAAAGAAGCGGGAAUGAAUCAGAUGGAGACUUUGGUUGGGUGUCGGUAGAGCUGUUGGUGGUCAAAGGAAUUCACGUCGUAAAUUGAGUGGUUCACAAGUGGGCGCCAGUAUAGUUGUAGGUAAAACAGUACAGCCACUUCACUCUAUAAAUCCUCACGAUAUUGGAUGGGAGGGACGAUAGAGAACGAAGCGUCUUGUUAACUUUUUUGUUUUCUCGUUUUCAUCUUUUCCUCUUUUUUUUUCAUUUGGGUUGUUGUUGCCAACCCUCCAAUCUCGUUGUUUGCUACGAUAUUACGCUUGUGUUUGAAGAUUUAUUUUGUUUUUCGAACCGUUGCUCAAUGGUAACUUGUACGCCAUCUAGCGGUGAUUGGAGAAUGAACGUGGUCUAAACGGCUGCUGGCGGGAUUGUUCAACGGUCGUUCGAUUGAAUCCCGUUUCACGAAUCGGUACAUGUCAUGCCAUCUGACGGUCGUUUCGCUCACGACGUUGUAAUUCAGCGCACAAUUCGUAAUUGCGAAAUGCUUCCAUUCUCGGUAUUAUUAUGUAGGUUUCACUUGAAAUGGGCAAUUGGAUCGAUACAGUAGUAGAUUAAAUUCAGGGCCGCGUUCUAUUAACCACAUCUCGUCGAUCUAGAUAUUCAACUCCCCCCUCCCUUAAUCGAGAACUUGCGCAUAAUAACGAGCGUCAUUGACUAGUGCACGAUUUUUCGGAGCUUUCCAUCAAAAAGUUGCUUACUCAAAAAAUUCCGGUCCAAUCCGCCCCCGCCAAAGUUGUUAUGUUGAAUGAUGGAAAAUAAAAAACACGCACCUCGCAAGCCAUUUUUCAUUAUCGUGGUAAGGGAUGUCACGUGCGGUUGCCCGCACCGAAUGCGAGUCGAAGGACGGCCAUGUUUCCAGUCGGCGUGAAGCUGUUGCUUUGGAAAUUCUUGUCGGGCUUCACCGCCCUUAUCAAACGAAAAUUGCGUGAAUAUAAAACUACCGCAAAAAUUUUUCCCUUGUCGAUUUUCCCGUGUACUACGCACGCAGACAUCAAAUGGUAGCAUCUAGAUGAUUGUGUGAUUGAUUCGCUCGGUCCAUUCGGUUCAUCGCCUUUUGGUCCGCCUUUUACGUGUUCCUGGACUCCGUCCGUGAUGCCGGAAUGAAAACACCAAAAGACGAUUGAUGAUGGAUAGGACUAAAUAUUUGGCUGUGUGAUAUUGUCGACGCAGUAAUCUACGACGACGGGUCAUUGUUCUUCCGUUCGUUGACUUUUUUUUAUUUUUUCUCUCUUGAGAACGGUUCACUUUUUAUUAGCAUCAGCUGCUUUUCGACAUUUUCACGUUGCCCGACAUACCAGACGUGAGUUGUCGUGAAUUUCUUGUGACACUCUAGAAGUUGGUUGAUGGUUAACUCGUUAGUGUACAGAAACAAAGCAAAUAAUGGCCGCUGUCGCACGUGUUUUGCUGUUGAUGUCAACGUUAAAUACGACGACUGGCUAGCCUUGUCGCCCUGCUAGAGUCUGCAUCGUGCGCCAAAAAGGGGCCGACUUGCACCUUUCGCCGACAAAGUUCUCCGCUCCAAAAUACACCUCAUCAACGGCCGGCCGACGGAGUGACUCUCUCCCACUUCUCUUCAGCGAUCGAGGUCAAUGGGAAGCCCUCCGAGUUGGGGUCCACGUCGUUUGUCAUUCUAUACUCGGUAUUAUUUAUAACCACUGAGAAGGCGUCGUGACAUUGCCAGUUGCCACUGACGCGGCCUGUCUCCCUCACUUUCGUCCACCCCAUUUCUCCCUGCCAUAACACAGAGGGGAGACGGACGAAAGGAGCUGGACGGAAUGGAGAAAAGGUAAAGAAGGAAUCGAAGGAAAGAGUGAGAAAGAGAGAAAGAGAGAGAGAGAAGACAUUCCAUUUGAGAAAAAAUAAAACCAAGAUGAGUAUGUCCACGAAUAGAAUCUUUUCUUGGCAAGGCAGCCGUUUACCGAUGAAAACGAGAGCCUCUUGGCCGUCUGAAGCGUUGCCGGACGUAUCCCGAGCCCGCACCAAUAGGGCCGCAUGCAGUCAGUCCUCAAACCUCAAACGGUUUGAGCGCCGACAUCACAGCCUGCGCUGAGAGACAUUUGGUCCGACACCAGCAGCUCAACUCCAACACACGAAAAGUGGGUCAGAUUCUUUAUCCUGGCCGGCUAGACUAGACUGUCGAUUGUUCACCGGAAAAAAAAAAAAAAAAAACUACAAAAUUGUUUGUACGUGUGUUAUUACAGAAAAGGCGAUUGUGCUAGCGUCCGCUCGGCGGCGGUGUGCGAUAUCCAUUCAGACGUUUCCCGUUCCAUUUUGGCAAUCUCAUCAACUCUGCUGCUGGACUGUAGAGAUUAUCGGCACGCUUUGCCGUGCUGAUACGAGCGGCGAUUCCAGCAUGUCGUUAAGAGGCAUUCGAUCGCGAUUGCGUCAGGGCGGCAGUGGCAGCGGCGGAGGUUGCGAUUCCGAUCAAGGAAGUCCCUCUAGAUCAGCGUCUUUCUUUCAACAGCUGGCGGCUUUUUUGGGUCCCGAUGAACCGACUUCCUCGAAAGGAUCCUACUCCCAAGAGGAUGACGGCGCCAAUCCAGGCGGAACAAACUUGGAAGACCAACUCCUGUCGCUGGUGGUCAUGGCCAAGGGAGGGAGAUCGUCGGCGGCCAUGGAGACGGACGCAGCCGGGACUGCCAGUAGCCAAUCGGAUACGUCGGAACCCAACAGCAUCGAGCAAACCAAUUUUCAACAGCAGCAACAGCUGAAACAAGCCAACGCAAGCCCGGGAUCACAGCACAAGACGGUCCAUAGAUUGGUCAACGAGAGUUCAGUCGAUUUAACGGGAAGCGACCGCGAUACAGACAAGGAAGGGAGUUUGACGGACUUGAACGACGUUGUCCGCCCUCGCCGUUCGGUGGCCCAGAGUAUACGACGCCGAGCGAUGCAGUCAGCCAAAUCUGGCGCCGAACUCCAGGAACAGCCGUCGAAUUCCUGUCCUGGACAAACUCCUCGAAGGAACCGGUUUGCUCAUCGCGAUAAGAGGCGAUCCGAGCGCAGCAUAUCGCUGGAUCGUUCCGUCAGAAGCGCCAGCAUCCCACCAUCCCUGGACAAGGACGACACUGGGUCCACUCUGACAAGAAAUGACGAAAUGUCGCAGACGAGUAAGGAGGCUGUUGGCAGUGGAGACACUUCAUCCCGGCUGCCUCAUCAUCGCAUCGCCGCCUGGGCUCGCGAGCUGAUGGACGAUCUCCAAUCGAUUGAGGAUGAAACGGAUCAGGGACAGGGUUCGCCCAAAGAGAAUAACGCCGAUGAUCUUGGAGACAGUCUGGCUGUCAAGAGGUUGAAGAAUAACAUUUUGAGAUUUGGACGAAUCACUGGAGCUAUUUCAUCCUCUUGCGAUUCAAUUCAGUCGAUCCGCCAAUGGCAGUCACCCACAGCUUCCAUCUUGUUCCUUCUGGUUUCCUCUUACGCCAUAUGGCAUGGUUUGUUUCUCGUUCUAGUCGUCGCUGCCAGUCUGUGGAAGUUGACGAUAAAUUACCUCACUUCCCAAGGCUGGCUGCGACACUUUGGCUGGAAUAUGGGCGGAGAUCAUCAAGAUGCAGACGAGUCGUCCAACGACGGAAACAAAUCGUCGACCAGCGUCAUCGAAAGUGUUUCCGUCAUCCUCCAAGUGGCUAGAAAAGUUCAAAAUCAGCUGGGCAACGUCUGCGACGCUGCGGAAAAAAUCAAAAAUUUGCUCAUGUGGCGUCACGAAGCCUCGCGCCGGCUCUACCUGAUUCUGUGGCUGGCGCUGCUCGUAACUCUUCUGGUGCCGGCAGCUCAGCUCUCCACCUUCGUUGGCUUCUACCUGCUCUUGAAAGUAAUGAUAGUUGACUACGUCUUCUUCAAGUUCCCGCGACUACGUGCCAAGUACGACACGUCCUCGCUCAUCUGGCAGACGCUGCCCACCGACGCCGACUUGGACGCUCGUCGCAAAGUCGAACAGGGCUUGCGCAACGCCGCAGCGUCAGCAGCCAAUGCAGAGACGCGAACUUUCUGGGAAUCUUUCAACCUUCCACCCAACGAGCAUCCGCUGUCAGGAUGGCAAAAUGGGUUGCGAGCAACACUGGUGAACCGGGACAAAUCACUGACGUCGUCCUUUAAGUCCGGCCGGCUCUUUCUCACCCCCAGUUAUCUUUGCUUUGAACGGUCCAAGACGCAGCCGGGCAAGAACGUGGUUAUUCCGCUGGACAGGAUCAUUCGUUUGGAAAAGGGCAACCAAUACAGCUGGAUACCCGGCGGUGGAAUGAUUAUCGAAGUUUUCGUUCAAGGACUAGAUCGGGCCUACACUUUCGGCGCCAUCAUGAACCGUGACGAUGUUUUCAAUAGCAUCCGCGAUGCGGCGGAGGGACUCGGCUGCAUCUGGCGCGAAGACAACAACAAAUCCGGAUCGUCAUAACUAAUCUCCAAAAGACUCGUAAGCCAAAAGACUCGCUGGCACCCAGUGACGGCUCAACAUCUUCCUCGAACAUCUCCUCUUCUUUCUUCCGAUUUCCCUCCCUCCCCCUCGUGUUUUGUAGCAUCCGCAGACUAAAUGAGCUUAUUUAUCCCUCCUUCCUCCCUUCUCUCAAUAUAUAUACACACACACACACACACACACACACACACACACACACACACACACACACACUACAUAAUACAUCAUAUGUGUAUAUAUGUAUACGUUGUACCCAGUGUAAAUACAGAAAUUGCAAGGA